AGUCAAUAUAGGUAAAAGCCACUGACUGCGUUUAGGUUCACACAAAUACUGCCACUGCUCUCAACCUCUCCAGCAUCUUUAUUCUUCCUUCCGCCAUGGAUACUAUUCUCAGAUCUCUUCUCUCCCUACUCUUUUUCUCAAUCCUCCGAAUUUCAGUAGAGGUCUCAGGUACAACAAUGAAGCUGUAUAAUAAGUGCAGCCACUCGGUGUGGCCUGGCAUUCAGCCCAGCGCCGGCAAGCCGGUCCUUGCCCGGGGCGGCUUCAGGCUGCCGCCGGGAAAGGCGUAUGAGCUCCGUUUGCCCGCUGGGUGGUCGGGCCGUGUGUGGGGACGCCACGGCUGCGCCUUCGACGCCGCCGGACGCGGCCGCUGCGCCACCGGUGACUGCGGCGGGGCCCUCUCCUGCAACGGCGUCGGCGGGACCCCUCCCGCCACGCUGGCCGAGAUAACACUCGGGAACGGGAACGAGCAGGAUUUCUAUGACGUCAGCCUCGUCGACGGCUACAAUCUCGCUAUUUCCAUUACGGCAUUCCGUGGCUCAGGCAAAUGUAGCUAUGCAGGGUGCGUGAGUGACCUGAACCAGAUGUGCCCAGUGGGGCUUCAGGUGCGCUCCCACGACAAAAAACGAGUGGUGGCGUGCAAAAGCGCAUGCUCAGCUUUCAAGUCCCCACGCUACUGCUGCACGGAAACUUUUGCUAAUGCCCAGUCGUGCAAGCCCACGGCCUAUUCGCGCAUUUUCAAGGUGGCCUGCCCCAAAGCAUACUCGUACGCCUUUGACGACCCGACCAGCAUUGCCACCUGUACCGGAGGCAGUUACUUGGUCACCUUCUGCCCUCAUCAUUAGGCCUGCAUUUCAUUUUGUUGUUGUGUUUUGUUGAUUUUAGGUUUUAUCUAUGUAUGAGGUUGUAAUAGUUUGGAUGGGUGAAGGUGGAAUAUGGGGUUGGGUUUGGUUGGGGUUCAAUAGUCUAGUAAGUUGCAUUUAAUUUGGUGGUAUUAGAUGUUAAUGUAUCCGCGUGGAUUGUUGGGCCUUUGAGGUAUGUUUGUUUAGAGUACACUUGGAUCUGGAUUUGCCUACCAUGUUUUGAUUUAUGAUAAUUUUGUGUUGUUUUUUUGCCGAUUUGUUCUUUUCACUGUGACACUAGUAUGUAGCCUAUGUAAUGUGAUGUGCAAACGAUCUCGAUUGGGGAAUGACCUUGGA